AUGAAGUUCACCAUUCCCAUCGCCGCCGUUGCGGUGGCACUGUCCACGUCCACGCUCGGCGCGUCGGCUCUGCCCAUCCACGAUGUCGUCUCCACCGGCGGUUUUGCUGGCUCGCUCUUCGGCGGGCUGACCAGCUCGCUCUCGGACCUCUUUACUCCGCGUCUCGUCCAGACGGCGCCCGAGCAGCAGCCGUACUGGACCACCGAGUUCGGCAAACAGCUGCUGUGGUACCGCGGCGUCCACUUUAUGGACCUCACCGACACGCCCACGCUCGGCGAGCUCUCGGCAGCCCGUCUGCAGGCGCAGGGCUCCAACAGCCUGGUCGGCAGCGACUCCAAGUUCCCCAGCAAGCUGCAACAUCACAAGGCGCUCAAGAAGGUCUUCAAGCUUAUCUCCCAGGACGGCCCGCGCAAGCAUCUCGCCAAGUUUACCAGCUUCCACACGCGGUACUACAAGAGCUCGACGGGUCGCGACUCGCAGGCGUGGCUGCUCAAGACGGUGUCCGAGCUCGUGGCGUCGUACGACUACGUGAGCGUGCGCGAGUUCCCGCACGCCUGGGGCCAGAACUCGAUCCUGCUCUCCGUCAAGGGCACCAACGCCACGCUCACCAAGGAGCGCGGCGUGACCAUCCUGGGUGCGCACCAGGACUCCACCAACCUCUUCCCCUUCUUUGCUGCCCCCGGUGCGGACGACGACGGCUCGGGCACCGUGACGAUCAUCGAGGCGCUGCGUGUGCUGCUCGAGUCCAAGUGGCGUCCCGAGACGGAUGUGGAGCUGCACUGGUACAGCGCCGAAGAGGGCGGCCUGCUCGGCUCGCAGGCGGUGGCGCAGUCGUACGAACGUCAGGCCACCAAGGUGCACGCCAUGCUGCAGCAGGACAUGACCGCCUUCGUCAAGCAGGGCACCAAGGAAACCGUCGGCCUCGUCUCGGACUUUGUCUCGGCCCCGCUCACCAAGUUCAUCGGCUCGCUCGUCGACGAGUACCUCGACAUUGGAUACACCGAGACCAAGCUCGGCUAUGCAGGAAGCGACCAUGCCAGCUGGACCAAGAUCGGCGCCGACUCGGCGUUUGCCAUCGAGGCGACGUUUGAGAACAGCAACCUCAAGCGCAUCCACACGACCCAGGACACCUUUGACCACCCCGAGUUCAGCUUUGACCACCUCAUGCAGUUUGUCCGUCUGUCCGCCAGCUUUGUCGUCGAACUUGCGGGUUGGUCCACUCCCUGA